UAUUUUCAUUCUGCUCAAGCCCUUUCUCUGUAAUAAUCUUCAUCAAAUCUCUAGAUUAAUCAUCCUGCAAUGGCGUUAGCUGCUCUUAGUUCUUCAUCUUCCUUCACCGGUUCCGUUUCUUCUCAUUUGAAUGCCAACUCAUCCGAUCAUUUCAAAGCAGCAGCAGCUUCACAGCUUGGUUCUCUGAAGAUUCUGGAUCGUGGGUUUUAUUCUCAAUCGACUGGCAUAAUCUCUUCACGGAGAAGGUCUGUAAAUCCGGUGAAUUCCCAAGCUAAACGGAACGAUUCGAUCGUCCCUCUCGCGGCAACCGUGGUUGCUCCUGAGGUGGUUGAGAAAGGGGAAGGCUUUGUUGAGGAUUUCGGUAAACUAGCGAAGGAUCUGGAGAAUGCUUCUCCACUUGAAAUCAUGGAUAAAGCCCUGGAGAAAUUUGGAAAUGACAUUGCUAUUGCCUUCAGUGGUGCUGAAGAUGUGGCUUUGAUUGAGUAUGCACACUUGACUGGACGACCAUUUAGGGUUUUUAGUUUAGAUACGGGUAGAUUGAACCCUGAAACAUACAAAUACUUUGAUGAUGUUGAGAAGAAAUAUGGAAUUAGAAUCGAGUACAUGUUCCCUGAUGCAAUUGAAGUUCAGGGGUUAGUAAGAACCAAAGGGCUGUUCUCUUUCUAUGAAGAUGGGCAUCAAGAGUGCUGCCGUGUUAGAAAAGUGAGGCCAUUGAGGCGUGCUCUGAAGGGGCUCCGUGCUUGGAUCACAGGUCAAAGGAAAGACCAGUCGCCGGGAACUAGAUCCGAGAUCCCAAUUGUUCAAGUGGAUCCAUCGUUUGAGGGAUUGGAUGGUGGAAAUGGUAGCCUGGUGAAGUGGAAUCCUUUGGCUAAUGUAGAUGGCCGUGAUGUGUGGAACUUCCUUCGAGCUAUGAAUGUUCCUGUUAAUGGACUUCAUAGUCAGGGUUAUGUCUCGAUUGGUUGCGAACCUUGUACCAGACCGGUGUUACCUGGGCAACACGAGAGAGAAGGAAGGUGGUGGUGGGAGGAUGCUGCUGCGAAGGAGUGCGGGCUGCAUAAGGGAAACAUAAAGGAUGGAAAUGAAAAUGGGGUUGCUCAAGCUGAGGGAGGAGGAGGAACUGUUACGGAUGCUGACCUUUUUGACACCAAGAAUGUGGUGACAUUGAGUCGAAGUGGGAUUGAGAAUUUGUCGAAACUUCAGGAGAGGAAAGAGCCAUGGAUCGUUGUCCUUUACGCACCCUGGUGCCGUUUUUGCCAGGGUAUGGAAGGAUCAUACUUGGAACUGGCUGAGAAGCUGGCGGUGAGCGGUGGUGGUGUGAAGGUAGGGAAAUUCAGGGCAGACGGUGAAGAAAAGGAGUACGCUCAGCAAGAAUUGCAGUUGGGGAGCUUUCCAACAAUACUCUUCUUCCCGAAACACUCAUCUAAAGCCAUCAAAUACCCAUCUGAGAAAAGGGACGUUGAAUCUUUGUUGGCUUUCGUGAACGCGCUCAGAUGAAGGGGAAGAACAAUAAUGGGUAAGUUUUCCAGACAUGGCAGAGCUCAACUGGAUAGUUGAUAUCAUGAUGCUUUGAUGAAACGAAUAAAAAGUCAACCACCACCACCCACCCCUUGUUGUAAGUAAGAUAUGGGGUUUGUUAGUUAGUUAGUCUUUGUUGUUAUUGUUGUUCUGUCUCUGGCUUUAGUUGCCAGAUUUUUGGUUUGGUUUGCUUGAGAUAGCUAGCUAGCAACUCAGAAAAAGAAGAAGAGUCUGUUUUAGUUUCAUGUUAUGUUUGAUGUGUGCAUCCUUGGGCAAUUGUGACAUUUACUGUUGGGAUUUUGUUUGAUUUUGGUCCUCCUAUAAAAUAUCAUAUUAUUUAUGUUC